AUGAUCGCAGCCUGCGAGAAGCAGAAGUUCGUGUACGUUUUGAACCGCGACAGCUCGGCGCGCCUCACGAUCUCAUCCCCGUUAGAAGCGCACAAAUCGCAAACCCUAGUCUUCUCCGUCGUGGGCGUGGACUGCGGAUUUGACAACCCCAUUUUCGCCGCCAUAGAGCUCGAUUACGCCGAUGCAGAUCAGGACCCGUCAGGCCAAGCAGCAGCCGACGCGCAGAAGCAGCUGACCUUCUACGAGCUUGAUCUGGGCCUGAACCACGUCGUGCGGAAAUGGGCCGAGCCGGUCGACAACGGCGCGAAUCUCCUCGUUGCGGUCCCGGGCGGCGCGGACGGGCCGUCUGGCGUGCUGGUGUGCGCCGAGAAUUUCGUGAUCUACAAGAACCAGGGCCACCCGGACGUGCGCGCCGUCAUUCCGCGCCGCGCCGACCUCCCCGCGGAGCGCGGCGUGCUGAUCGUCGCGGCCGCGACGCACAAGCAGAAAUCGAUGUACUUCUUCCUCCUCCAGUCCGAAUACGGCGACGUGUUUAGGGUUACCCUAGAGCACGACCCAAAGGACACGGACCGCGUGACGGAGCUGAAGAUUAAGUACUUCGACACGAUCCCGGUGGGCGCGGGGCUGUGCGUGCUGCGCGCGGGGUUCCUGUUCGCGGCGUCGGAGUUCGGCAACCACGCGCUGUACCGGUUCCAGGGCAUCGGGGAUGACGAGGAGGUGGAGUCGAGCUCCGCCACGCUCAUGGAAACCGAUGAAGGAUUUCAGCCCGUCUUCUUCCACCCUCGCCGCCUCAAGAAUCUCGUGCAGAUCGACGAGGUCGAGUCACUGAUGCCUCUCCUCGACCUCAAGGUCUCAAACCUUUUCGACGAGGAAACCCCGCAGGUCUUCGCGCUCUGCGGCCGUGGCCCGCGCUCCUCCCUGCGCAUCCUCCGCCCGGGGCUCGCAGUCACCGAGAUGGCGGUAACGCAGUUACCAGGCGUGCCGAGUGCGGUGUGGACGGUGCGCAAGAGCGCGCAGGACGAGUUUGACGCGUACAUCGUGGUGUCAUUCGUCAAUGCGACCCUCGUGCUCAGCAUUGGUGAUACGGUCGAGGAAGUUAGUGACAGCGGGUUCCUGGACACCACGCCCUCACUCGCCGUUUCCCUGCUGGGGGAGGACUCGCUUAUGCAGGUGCACCCAAGCGGCAUUAGGCACAUCAGGGCGGACGGGCGUAUCAACGAGUGGAAGACGCCCGGCAAGAAGAGCAUCGUUAAAGUCGGCUGCAACCGCUUCCAGGUGGUGAUCGCCCUGUCAGGAGGCGAGUUGGUGCAUUUCGAGAUGGACGUGAGGGGGCAGAUGGUGGAGAUGGGCAAGAAGGACAUGCCGGGGGACGUCGCCUGCCUCGACGUCGCCCCCAUCCCCGAGGGCCGCCAGCGAGCGCGCUUCCUAGCCGUCGGAUCGUACGACUCCACCGUUCGGAUCCUCUCUCUGGACCCCGAUGAGAACAUGCAGGUGCUAAGUGUGCAGGCGGUAUCCGCCCCACCAGAGUCCCUGCUCUUCCUCGACGUCCCCACCGGCCCCGGCACAGACGGCCCCUCCUCCACCGCAGCCUCCUCCUCCUCCUCUGCUGCCGCCCACGUGCCGUCCAGCCUCUUUCUCAAUGCCGGCCUGCAGAACGGUGUGUUGCUCCGCACCGAGGUGGAUAAGAACUCCGGGCAGCUUUCCGAUUCGCGCACGCGCUUCCUCGGGCUGCGCGCGCCGAAACUUUUCGGUGCCCAGCUGAGAGAGCGGCGCGCCAUGCUGUGCCUUUCCAGCCGCCCGUGGCUCGGGUACUCCCUUCUGGGAAGCUUCCAUUUGACGCCUCUGUCCUAUGAGGCUUUAGAGUAUGCGGCUCCGUUUGCGUCAGAUCAGUGCCCAGAGGGUAUUGUGGCGGUGGCAGGGGAAACGCUGCGUGUGUUCACGGUGGAAAGGCUUGGAGAGGUUUUUAACCAGACGGUGAUUCCGUUGCGGUACACCCCGCGUAAGGCAGUGCUGCAUCCGCGUUAUAAGAACAUUGUGACGAUAGAGAGCGACCAGGGCGCGUUCUCGGCGGAAGAGAGGGAGGAACUGAGGAAGGAAGCGAUUGAAGUGACGGGUGCUGCGGAGCGGAUGGAGGAGGAGAGACGGGAGAGGAAGGAGGCGGCAAGAGCAGCGAGGGGAGGCAGAGGGGAAGACGGGGAGGAGGGGAUGGAGGAGGAUGAGGAAGAGGAGGAAGAGGAGGAGGACGAGAAAGCCAAAGACCCGCUACCGGACGAGCAAUUCGGGUACCCGAAAACAGUCCCGUCGAAAUGGGCAUCAUGCAUCCGGGUGAUAAACCCCAAGGCAGGCGAGACAACGUGCCUGAUGGAACUCACAGACAGCGAGGCCGCCUUCUCGCUCUGCACGGUCAACUUCCACGCGGAUAAAACAGAGGGCGGGGCGGCCGCAGGGCAGUACCUGGUAGUCGGCACAGCGAAAUCCCUGCAGUUCUGGCCCAAGAGGAACCUUCUGGGAGGGUUCCUGCAUGUGUAUAAGUUCAAGGGAGAGGACGGGAGGGAGCUAGAGUUGGUGCAUAAGACGGCGGUGGAAGGGGGGGUGCCGACUGCCCUGUGUGCGUUCCAUGGGCGGCUGUUGGUGGGGGUGGGGAAUGUGCUGAGGAUAUAUGACCUGGGGAAGAAGAAGCUUCUGAGGAAGUGCGAGAACAAGCAGUUCCCGCAUGCGAUCGUGAGCAUCCAUGCGUGCGGCGAUCGCAUCUACGUGGGCGACGUGCAGGAGUCAUUCCACUACGUGCAGCACAGCCGGCAGGAGAAUCAGCUGUACGUGUUCGCAGACGACGUCACCCCGCGCUGGCUGACCUCCGCCCUGCGAAUCGACUUUGACACGAUGGCAGGCGGGGACAAGUUUGGCAACGUGUGCCUUGUGCGCCUGCCGGGGGAGAUCUCCGAGGAGAUUGAGGAGGAUCAGACUGGCGGGCGUGUCAAGUGGGACGCCGUGGGAGGGGGGCGCCUCAACGGAGCGCCGAACAAGCUUGAGCAGGUGAUUCAGUUCCAUGUGGGGGACAUCGUCACAGCCAUGCAGAAGACGUCCCUCAUUCCAGGCGGCAGCGAGUGCGUCAUAUACAGCACGAUGCUGGGGGGGGUGGGGGCGCUGCUGCCCUUUGUGUCGCGGGAGGACGUGGAUUUCUUCUCACACCUCGAGAUGCACCUGCGCCAGGAGCACCCUCCCCUCGCCGGCCGAGAGCACGUCGCUUACAGAUCCGCCUAUUUCCCUGUCAAGGAUGUGAUUGAUGGGGACUUGUGCGAGCAAUUUCCGUCGCUUUCGCUGGAGCUGCAAAAGAAGAUUGCGGAAGAGCUUGAUCGCACGCCAGGAGAGAUUCUCAAGAAGCUAGAGGACAUAAGAAACAAGAUUCUUGCGGGCCACGUGGUGCACCUGGUCUCGCGACUCACGGGGGACUCCUCCCCUUCUUCCGCGCAUGGCGCGCGCGCGGGCGCGGAGGGGGAGGAAAUCCGCGGAAGGGCAAGGCUGUUGCGCGGGGGACAGGGGAGGGGCGGCGCAGGGGGAGAGAGGGGCAGCGGCGGCGGUAUGGGUAUGGGGGGGAUACGGAUCGUUCCAGGGGGAGGGUUUGGGGGAGGGCUGGGGGGAGGGUUGGGUCACGUGCAGAUUGGCGGCCUGCCUGCCUCUGGAACCGUUCAUCUGGGCACGUUUAACCUCCCAUCGGACGGCUCUCAGGGCCUUCCGGACCUAAACCAGAUCGUGUCCGGUGUGCUUUCAUCCAUUGGCCUUGGAGCUUUGGGGCUGGGGGUGGGGGGCAUGGGGGAAGGCAUGGGCGGAGGCAUGGGGGGCGGCAUGGGUGGAGGUAUGGGGGGAGGGGGAGCAGGGGGUGGGCGAGUGGGGGGGGGUGGAAGCGAGUCAGCAGGUCCCACUGCGAAUGUCACGAUUGACAUCGCCCCCAUCUCGAUGCGAGCCGCUCAGGCCCUUAGACGCUCCUCCCCUGCGGCAGACGGUAAUGCUGCCCGCGACGCUCACACCACCGAUGCUGCUGCUGCUGCUGCGGCUGCUGCUGCUGCGGAUGGACGUGCAGGCAGGGAUGGGGGAGGAAGGGCGGAACAAGAGCAAGCAGGGGAGCAGAGAGCAGGGACGGAGCGAGGCGGUAGUGACGCUGGGGAACGGAGGGAGGGAGCAGAAGGGGCAGAGGGUGGAGGGGGCGGGGUGCCAGAGGUGCAGAUUCACAUGGACACGUGGCUGCCUGUGAGUGGCUUUGACAUGCCCGUGGGCAUGGGAGGGCCAGGCAUGGGUAUGGGAGGAGCGGGCAUGGGAGGCAUGCGAACAGGCAUGGGAGCAGGCAUGGGAGCAGGCAUGGGAGCAGGCAUGGGAGCGGGCAUGGGAGCAGGCAUGCGAGCAGGCAUGGGAAUGCCAUCAGUAAUGGGCAUGGCAGCACCAGCAGGCAUGGCUGUGCCGGUGGGCAUUCCCCUCGGCGGCUUUCCCAUCCCCAUGGGCGGCAGCAUGGGUGUUGCCGGCCUGCCUCUCAUGAUGGCUCUUGGCGGCAUGGGACCAGGGGGGGUGGGCGGGGUAGGGCACCAUGGGGAGGAGCAGGAGGAGCGGGGUGCACGGCAGCAGCAGCAGCAGCAGCAGCAGCAGCAAGGGACGAGGCAUGUGGCGCGAAGGGACGCUCUUUCAACUGUGGACGAUUAUCUUUCACGUGUGGAGGGUCAGCUGAGGCCGUCAGUGGACCCAGCAGAAGCGGCAGCAGCAGCGACAGCAAGAAGGGAGCUACCAUCGCUGCAGCGCCUGGCGGCUACCCUCAGGCGCUCCAACAGCCUCCUCACCGGCCCCCUCUCCUCCUCCCUGCUCAACCUUGCAGAGCAGCUGGAGCACUUGCCGCCUGUGGGCGCAGCUGCUCAACUGCCGUUGCUGCAGCAGAUGCACCUGCAGGCACAGGCACCAAGUGUGGCUGGCAGAGAGGGGGCGAGAGGUGGGGGAGCAGAACGAGGGCGCGGAGGUGGGGGAGGUGUGGGGGGAAGCAUCAGAUUCCCUCUGUUUGGAGGCCAGCAGCAAUCUGCAGCCGCAGCAGGACGCUCCGCAGCAGUAGCAAGCUCAGAAGCCGCAGCAACAGGUGCACCAGCACCCGCAGGCACAGGAGCAGCAGCAGCAGCAGCAGCAGCAGCGCCAUCUGCUCCUGUUGCCAGCUUCUCUCUUCCAGGGGGGGUGCACGUGGGUCUCUUUGGCGUCCCUUCUUUCGCCCCGCACCAGCCUCGUUCCGCGCCCUCUCGCCCUGCUGCCCAUGCCCGCCCUCCAACUGACAGCGCCACCAAUGCUGCCAACCCCCCUGCUGCUGCUGCUGCUGCUAUUGAGCAGCAGCAGGGGCAGCAGCAGCAAGGGCAGCAGCAGCAGGGGCAGGGCCAGGGGCAGGCGGGGUCACUGGUGGAGCAGGUGAGGGCAGCAGCGCGGCUGUUCCACAUGCAGCAGGUUCUGGCUGAAUACAACUCCCACAUGCAGGGACGGGGACAGAGGGCGCAGGGGCACCAGGGGCAGGAGGUGCAGCAGCGGUGGGCAGAAGACGAUUCUGAGAUGCAGGAGAGGCGAGAGCAGCCCGAGGGGCAGGGUGCAGGGAGGGAGGAGAGAGGGCAGCAGGAAGCGCAGGCACAGGAGAGGCAAGAGCAAUCGCCACAACAGGAGGAGCAGCAAGAGCAAUCGCGACAACAGCAGCAGCAACAACGGCAGCAGCAGCAGCAACAACGGCAGCAGCAGCAGCAGCAGCAGCAGCAGCAGGCAUGGUUUGCCGGGCAACAACCGCUGCUACAGUUUCCUGCGAUUGUAGCGCUGAUGGGCGGUUCUGGCCCCUUCCCCACCAUAGUCAUGCGCCCUCAGCUGCUGCCAGGGCCGGGCGCAGGGGGGGAGGUGCAGGCGCAGGGGGGAAGCAUAGGGAGGGGGAUGGGCACACAAGCAGGGGGGGCGGGUGCACAAGCAGGGGGGGCGGGUGCACAGGCAGGGGGGGCGGGUGCACAGGCAGGGGGGGCGGGUGCACAGGCAGGGGGGGCGGGUGCACAGGCAGGGGGGGCGGGUGCACAGGCAGGGGGGGCGGGUGCACAGGCAGGGGGGGCGGGUGCACAGGCAGGGGGGGCGGGUGCACAGGCAGGGGGGGCGGGUGCACAGGCAGGGGGGGCGGGUGCACAGGCAGGGGGGGCGGGUGCACAGGCAGGGGGGGCGGGUGCACAGGCAGGGGGGAUGAGCGCACAGGCAGGGGGGAUAGGCGCACAGGCCGGGGGGUUGGGGGUGCAAGCAGGGGGGCUUGAGGCGCUGCUGGGAGGGCUAGGAGGCUUGAGUGGCUUGCUGGCAGGCUUAGGGGGAAUAGCAGGCGAGGGGGGCGGGGAAAGGUCAGUAAAUGCUGGGGGCCAGAGAGGGGUGGUGGGGGGAAAUGGAGAGGACAGAGACGUGCAGUGGCAGGAACAAGAGCAGCAGCAGCAGCCGCCACCAAACCCCACCCAGCAGCAGCAGUCACAGCAGGAGCAACAGCAGUCUCAGCCUCAGCAGCAGCAGCAGCAGCAGCAACAGUCACAACCGCAGCAGCAGCGGUCGCAGCAGCAGUCGCAGCAGCAGUCACAGCAGCAGCAGCGCGUGCUAAGGAGUGUGCUGGGGCAGGGCCUUGGCGCUCUGAGACGAGUGCUGGGAGGGGCAGCUCGAGAGGGAGCAGGGCGGGUGGUGGGAGGAGGAGGCGGGGCAGCAAGCAGGAGUGUAGGUGGGGUGGAGGGGUGUCGGCCGGGUGGAGCAGUGAGGUCCAGUCAAGGGGGAGGCACGUCUGUGAAGGAGAGAGGCAAGGCUCUUUCAGCUGCUGUUGCUGCUGGAAAGCUGAGUUCGGUGAGUCUCUGCAGGGAAAUAAACGGUGCAGAGUACAGGUGUGGAGAGGGGUUUAGAGGUGAUCUCUGGAGCAUGGCACAAGUGAGAAGUGGAGUAUGGGCAUUGUUCAGGUGUGCCUAG